CCACAACAACAAACAAUAAAUACUUCCACUGGCCCUCCUUCGUCCCAUCCCCUUCGUUUGUUUUCUCUCCCGUCCCUUCGGCGCCUUUCCACCAUGUUGUCCUCCCUCCUUCACCAGGGAGCAGCCGUAUCCCUCGCCAUUCUGUCGCUUCUCCCUUCUUCCGCCGUUGCAGAAGUAUUCGAGAAGCUGUCCGCUGUCCCCAAUGGCUGGAGAUACGCCAACACCCCGGAGGGCAACGAGCCCAUUCGCCUGCAAAUCGCCCUCCAGCAGCACGAUGUCGCCGGAUUCGAACAAGCCGUGAUGGACAUGUCCACUCCGGGUCACGUCGACUACGGAAAACAUUUCCGCACCCAUGACGAGAUGAAACGCAUGCUGCUCCCCAGCGACACGGCUGUUGAUUCCGUCCGCGACUGGCUCGAGUCCUCCGGUAUCGACAACAUCCAGGUGGACGCCGAUUGGAUCAAAUUCCAUACCACUGUCGACCAGGCCAAUUCCCUGCUGCACGCCGACUUCAAGUGGUACAUCAGCGACGCCGGACACCACCGUCGCCUACGCACCCUUCAGUACUCCAUCCCCGACGCCCUGGUCUCCCACAUCAACAUGAUCCAGCCAACCACUCGUUUCGGCCAGAUGAAGCCCAACCGCGCCACCAUGCGCAGCAAGCCAAAGCAAUUCGACGAGCUCUUCCUCACCGCCGCCACGCGUGCCCAGAACACCUCCCACUGUGACUCCAUCAUCACGCCGCAGUGUCUGAAGGAGCUGUACAACAUCGGCGACUACCAGGCCGACGCUGACUCCGGAAGCAAGGUCUCCUUCACCAGCUUCCUCGAGGAAUACGCCCGUUAUGCCGAUCUCACCCAGUUCGAGCAGCACCUCGCCCCUUACGCCAUCGGUCAGAACUUCACCGUCGUUCAAUUCAACGGCGGUCUCAACGACCAAUCCGCCAGCAGCGACAGUGGCGAAGCCAACCUCGACCUCCAAUACAUCCUGGGCGUGAGCUCUCCGCUCCCAAUCACCGAGUACAGCACCGGUGGUCGAGGCCAAUUGAUCCCGGACCUGAGCUCCCCCGACCCGAACGACAAUAGCAACGAGCCCUACCUAGAAUUCCUCCAAAACGUACUCAAGCUCGACAAUGACGAUCUCCCACAAGUGAUCUCUACUUCCUACGGUGAAGACGAACAGACCAUUCCCGAAACCUACGCCCGCACCGUCUGCAACCUCUACGCCCAACUGGGCAGCCGAGGCAUCUCCGUACUCGUCUCCUCCGGCGACUCCGGCGUCGGCGCCGCCUGCAUGACCAACGACGGGACCAACCGCACGCACUUCCCACCUCAAUUCCCGGCCUCCUGCCCCUGGGUAACCUCCGUCGGCGCAACGAGCAAAACCACCCCCGAAGAAGCCGUCUAUUUCUCCUCCGGCGGCUUCUCCGACUACUGGGCCCGCCCCUCCUACCAAGACACCGCCGUAGAAACGUACCUCAACUCCAUCGGCUCCAAAUUCUCCGGCCUCUUCAACGCCUCCGGCCGCGCCUUCCCCGACGUCGCCGCCCAAGGCAUGAACUACGCUGUCUACGACAAGGGCGUUCUCGGCCAAUUCGACGGAACCUCUUGUUCGGCACCGACCUUCAGCGGCAUCGUCGGACUACUCAACGACGCAAGAUUACGAGCCGGACAACCCGUUCUCGGAUUCCUAAACCCGUUUUUGUACGGUGUUGGCCAGGACGCGUUGAAUGAUAUUGUCUCCGGAGGGAGUUUAGGUUGUGAUGGACGGAAUCGGUUCGGGGGAACGCCUAAUGGAAGUCCUGUUGUGCCGUGGGCGAGCUGGAAUGCGACCCCUGGGUGGGAUCCUGUGACGGGGUUGGGGACGCCGGAUUUUGAGAAGUUGAAGGGGGUGGCGUUGGAGGUUGAUGUGGAGAUUGACGUGGAUGUCGAUGGGAGUGGUGGGAAUGGGAAUGAGGGCUCGGAGUGAUUUUUUUCUUGUGAAUAUUUGAUUUGAUGUGGAUACUACUAUCAUGAUCCUGUCUUUAUUUAUUUUGAGGUUGAGAAGAUACCACCUAAUUUUCGUGAAUAUGAAUGGAUGUGCAUUGAUUGC